AUGGCUGUAGAGAUCGGGAGGAAAUUUGGAAUAGAGGUCUACAUCGAAAAACUAUUAUACUCGUGCCCAAAAUUAGACAAACUAUAUUUAUUAAUCAGAGAGAAGAAAGGUAUAAGUGCUGAUAAAAGAAUUACAGAUUUGUUUGAUAACCCGCUCUUCAAAAGGUUGAAAAGUAGCAACCCUGAUUUUUUGAAGAAAGUUGUUCUUGUGCCUGGUGACCUUAGCUUACCGAAAUUAGGGAUAUCGCCUAGUGAUGAACAGACUCUCAUUAAUAAGACUACCGCGUUGACUGAGAAGAAAAUGGAAAAAAGUGAAUUUCGUGUGCUCAUUAAGCAUUAUUUUUUGCGGAAAAAAUCCAUUACGAAAACCAAGGCUAUGAUUGAUAAAUAUUAUGGGGACUCUGCACCAUUCAUUUCCAUGGUAAAAAAGUGGUUUACUGAAUUCCGAUGUGGCCGUACCAGCACGGAAGAUGCCGAACGUUCUGGAGGCCCAGUUGAGGUCUCCACAUCUGAAAUAGCUGAAAAAAUGCACGAUAUGGUUUUAGCCGAUCGGCGAUUAAAAGUUUCAAUAGUAUACCAUGCAGGGGCAACAGUUAGAUUUCAUGAGCCGUUGCCAGUGUCCAUGAACAUCAAUUUCGAAGGUACAAGGCAAAUGCUGGAGCUCAGUCAGCGAAUGAAGAAUAUUGAGGCUUUCGUCUUCGUGUCUACAGCGUACGCUCAAGGUAGUGCUAAAGUACUUGUAGAGACUACAUACCCAUCACCAGCUAAAGUAGAAGAUGUUUACAAAUUCAUCGAAGAACAUGGACAUGAUAAUGAUGAAGUCAAAAAGUUUAUAGGUAGUCAUUUCGGCACGUAUGCGUUCGCUAAAUCACUAUCGGAAGCCUAUAUUGCAAAAAAUCAUGGGAAAGUACCCACUGUCAUCAUCAGACCUUCUGCAGUGACUUCAAUGAAAGAUGGACCAGUAAAAGGCUGGCUGGAUAACUGGUUUGGAGCUAGUGGCAUUUUGUUUUAUGUAAACGAAGGUGCCAUCAGGGUUAUGCAUGGUAAAGGAAACAAUAUUAUAGACUUUACACCAGUGGACUACGUUUCUAAUUUGAGUAUCAUAUCAGCUAUGAGAGCUAAAGAAUCCAAUGAAGUACAAGUGUUUAACAGCACAUCAUCAUCAGAUAACCCAGUAAAUUGGGAUACAAUCUAUAAGAAAAUGAAGGAGGAAAAGACAUUGUCUGGGAAAAAUAAGUUUCCGUAUUUAAGUUUGACAUAUGUGAAUUCAAAACUGGGUCUGCAACUGGGAACCUUUUUCCUACAAAUAACUCCUGCUGUUAUAGCUGACUUAUGGUUGAAACUUAAAGGCAAAGACCCUAAGUACCUCAAAGUAGUAUCACAUGCUAUCGCCGUUCGAAACGCUUAUGAGUACUUCACCUCGAAUAUAUUCGUCAUGAGAUCUGACAGGACGAGAGAGCUGCACUCCUCACUGUCUCUCGAAGACAGGGAGGAGUUCCAAUGUGACCCCACCCAGAUUAGAUGGCCAGAAUACUUGAAAGAUAACAUGCAUGGAAUCUAUAAGUAUUUGAAACCCCCUAAAAUGAUAUAG